UGAAUUGCCAAUGCUCCAAUGGCAAUUUUGACGUCGCAGCGAACGGUUGUGUCUUGUUUUCGUCGAGUUGUAGAAGGGUUAAAGCACAGCUAAGUGACCAAUUAGCAAGUUAUAUUGAGUCAGAGAACAUAGUUUCCAAUUGAAAAGAAUACAUAUAUAUGUAUAUAUGUAAUUAUUAAAGUGAAUCAAUUAUAGAAAACUACGAAAUAAAAACGGAAACAACGAAUUCCUGCUCACAGCCAAAGCGGUAAAAUACGCUCUUCAAAUAACAAAUACAAAGAAUAUAAAAGGAAACGAAAUUAAGCCCAAGAAAAGAAAAGAAAAAACGCUGAAGAAAAAUCAUUAGCGAGAAGGUGAACAAGCGAAUUAUUGAUUUUUCGUGACGAAAACGUAAAAUAAAGAGAACUGAAGAGUAAUGUCAGCUGAGGCGAAAGACGUUUGUGUAAAGUAAAAAUAUAAAAAUAAAUACAAAAUAAAUAUACAAAAUUACAAAAAAUUUGUUAACUAAAGCAACACACAUAAAUAAGUUGCUAAUUAAAAGAAAUAACAAAAUUCUUACAUACACAUAUUAGAGAAAAGGUGCAUCGUCAAUAGGCAAGUCUGGAAACAGUGCUUGUUGGUCUUGUAAUUGUGUCGUAAGCAGUGAAGUAGUACAAAAUAUUUGUGUAGAGGCUUUCCUGCAACAGCCACGGAACAGAAAAGCAGAACAAAAACCAAAAAGUGUGUGUUUGAGUGUGUGAAAAUAUCAAGAGCUAAGUGAAGCGGCGACUUUUGCAGCGGAAGUGUAUUUACAUUCAGGUCACGCGUUACGCAUACAAGCGCACGUACGCACAGCUGCAGUGUCGAUUGAAGGAAGUUGCAAAAAAAAAAAAAAAAUCAAAAAGAACAAACAAACAAACAACGUCAAAAGGGAAAAAGGAACUGCUAAAGUAACAACAACCACAACAAAAAACACUAAUACAGAAAAUGAAGAAAAAUAUAAAAUAAAAGAAUUAAGGAAAAAAGACGACAUAAAUAAAGCUCAAAAGCCCAAGCGCUAAACUGUAAAGAAAUCAUCAACGCAGGAGUCAGUAUCAAAAAAAAAAGAAGAUUUGUCUGGACUCAUCAAUUACACCCACACACAACAACAAUAACAACAACAAAAACUACAAUUACCACUCAUCACAAACCACAACCACUAAGCACGUAACAAACAAAAACAACGUCAAGCGUAAAUAAAUCACGAAAUUCAUACGCCGCUCAAAAGCAAGCGCAGGCUGCUGCAGCAGAAGAAUUCAAGAAAUUCACCAAUAUUCAGCAAAAUUCAAUUCAUCUUGAGUGUGUCCUGGUGGAGUGCUUGAGAUGCCUCAAGUUGAAGGCGGCUACACGGCGCUCGAUAGCGCCAACACCAAUGGCCAUGUUGGCAGCAGUGGUGGUGCUAUCUAUCAAUCCACAACAGAACCGACGGGUCCACAAUCGGUUUUUGAAUCGAUGAAACGCGCCAUCGGUCAAGUGGUGGGCACAAGUGGUAAUGGUACCGCUCAGGAUACCGAUGAUUUAUUAGCAGCGUCUAAUGGGCGUCAGGCAAUGGUUGUUGGAACAAGUAUUUAUUUCAGAGAACGGGACAAAAUCGGUAAGCCACUACUGAAUACGAAGAUGCCAUCUGCGCCGACACACACGGCCGAGGAGGCUCGUCUGUUGGGCACCAUGCCCAUCGAUCCCAUGGACGACAUUGAAUUGCGCUCCGUGCAGUUGCAAUUCCCAAAUGCACGUGGCUCUAUUUUGGAGGCAUGCGAACAGCGUCGUGUGCCCACGGACAAGGGUGAUGUACACGUGGCCAUACAAGGUGACAACACAAAACCAGCUAUUUUGACGUAUCACGAUCUGGGUUUGAAUUAUGUUACAAGCUUUGCUGGCUUCUUCAACUUCCCACCAAUGCGUGGUCUGCUCGAGAAUUUUUGCGUCUAUCAUGUUACGGCACCUGGACAAGAGGAAGGCGCACCAACAUUGCCCGAAGACUAUAUCUAUCCAACCAUGGAUGAGCUGGCCGCUCAACUUGUUUAUGUGAUGUCACAUUUUGGUCUUAAAUCCGUGAUUGGUUUCGGUGUUGGCGCAGGCGCUAAUAUACUGGCACGUUUUGCGCACUCUAAUCCGGAUAAAGUCGGCGCUUUGGUGCUCAUCAAUUGUGUGUCAACACAAUCCGGCUGGAUCGAGUGGGGCUAUCAGAGUUUUAAUGCACGUUUUCUGCGUACUAAAGGCAUGACUCAAAGUGUUAUUGACUAUUUGAUGUGGCAUCAUUUCGGACGUAAUCCUGAAGAGCGCAAUCACGAUUUGGUGCAGAUGUAUAAGCAACACUUUGAACGUGGCGUUAAUCCCACUAAUUUGGCUAUGUUCAUCAAUUCGUAUAUACAUCGUAAUGAUUUGAAUAUUACACGUACACCACCAGGCACUCCCGGUACCCAACCAUCAUUGUGUACAUUGAAAAUGCCAGUUAUAAAUAUUACUGGCGCAUUGUCGCCACAUGUUGAUGAUACGGUUACCUUUAAUGGGCGCUUGGAUCCAACAAAUUCAUCUUGGAUGAAGAUUUCCGAUUGCGCCAUGGUAUUGGAAGAGCAACCAGCGAAAUUGGCUGAAGCUUUUAGGCUUUUCCUACAGGGCGAGGGCUACGCCACACCCCUCUCCACGCCAGCCACCUCUCCAUGUGGCACCAAAUAUCAAACCUACUCGUCCAUCUUCUUCGCCAACUUCAAGGAGCAACUGGAGAAGGAGCGUCGUGAACAGCAAGCCGAUAAGCUAGAGCAACAACAACAGCGUCAACGUAAACAACAACAACAACAAAAAAAGCUACGUAGCAAUGUACGACUGUGUCGUGAAACUGCCAUUAAUAACAACAAUAACUCGAACAAUGGUUACACCUCGAGCAGCGGUGAUGCCUCCGGCGGUGAUUCUGACGGUAAUGGUAAUCAAUCGAUUGAACGUGAACGUCACUUGCCCGCCUUUGAUGUAGACAAUGAUUUGGAUGAUUUGGACUUCGAUGCCGAGCCGGAGGUGAGUGUGAAUGGCACAGCAUACACGAGUGCGCAGAAGAUGCGUAUUACAGAGAAUCCACUGCCGGAGACUGUCAGCUGUUAGACGCGAAUUGUGGAGGAUACAACGAGGGAGAAAGAUAGAGAGAGAGAGAAAGUGGGAUCAUUACCGUGAUAGACACAGAGAAGAGUGAAUAUGUGGAAAAUGAGUGAUAAGCAUACGAGUGCUAUAUAUGUAGGUAAGUGGUUGGUGCGAGAGAUGAGAGUAGAAAGAUUUACACUUUAAGAAUUUGUGUGUGUUUUUUUUUGUCAUUGCGCUCAGAAACCUACUGUAGUCUGUACUAGAUUCUUUAGAAUAACCUAAAACCGAAUAAAAUACAUUUUCGAAAAUUCCAAAAUAACCACAUGCGCAAACGCCACCAAGAGACCUACUACAUACAUACAUAUUAUGUAGCUGUUGUUGUUGCAAUAGAACCGAUAGAAAGCGAAAAAGUCACUGCUGCAGCCGAAACCGCCCAUAAAACUGAAAAUAAAAAUUUAGAGAAAAAAAAAAUUUAUUUCACAAAAAAAUUUGCUUAAAAAAAUUUAAAUUUUCGGUAACCAAUUCAAACACUUUUAUGUAGCUAAAUUUGCAAAUACAAAAUUGAAAACAUACAUAUGUAUAUGGUAAAUGCGCUAAAUAUACGACGUUAGCUAGCAAAUGCAAUUGUAAG